ACAGCAACUCAACCAUGGGCUUCUCUUACUUAGUCGGGUUCUGUUGCGACUGUUAAAAAACCAACCGAGGACGGUGUCGGAUUUACAAACCGUCCCCAACAGCUGCAGUCGGCGUGAUUCCAAAGCAGCCGGAGUCGAGUUUCAAGUUCAGUCACUCCGUCGCUGGUGUAGCUGGUGCAGGAUGAAGCGGUUGCGGUUUCUGGUGUUCAUUGUUCUGGCUGGGGUUCUGCUGAGAGUCGGUCGCGGACCGGAUCCGGUGGCCGGAGAUUUCAUUGAGAACCUCACCAGCGGGGUCCGGAUGGCAGGGAAAUUGUUCGGUAUCGAUACAAUAUCGGACGUAGCGGAUUUAGUAGCGAAAGGAUUAUCGGGUCCGAGUUUUUCUGCUCAACCGGACACUGCCGUUCCGAUGCAGCAACAGGCGUCCAGUAUGAUGUCACUGAUGUGGAAGAUCCUUGGCAUGGAUGGCAACAAACUCGGUGCAUUGGUUAUGAAUGCCCUUAUAUUCGUAGCGCACGUGAUUGCAACCAAUUUGGGAACGUUCAGAAAACCCACAUUCAAUCAAAUUUCCAAAGAAGAUCCACCGAAGCAGGAAACAUCCAGUAUUCUACAGUCCGAAUCUCCGCUGGAUUGGGUAUUGAACAAUCGAUCGAAACAGUUUCGCUCGAUGUUGGAUCCGAUUCGCGAGGUAAACAUCACCGACUUCCUGGAGGCAGACUUAGAAAAUCUGAAACAAACAGCAUCGGAAGAUACGGACUGUAUCAAACUUUUACUCUGCAAAAUUAAACCUUUCAUCUGGAAAAUGCAGGACGUCGUUCGGAAUCGUUUGGAGACAGGACGCGACAAUUCCGAACCAACGAAUCCACCGGAAAAUAUCGCGCAAAUUAUCUACAAAAGUGUGCCCAAGCUCAACGAAUUCGAGUCCAAUGGAGCUCGGUGUGAAGCACAGUUCAAGCAUUGUGUGCGUGAUUUCGGUCGAAAAUGACUUCAUAUAACGACAGGAAAGUUUCAAUGUUUCCAUUGUUACGUUCUGUUCAAGGCAUUUAAGUUGAAAAAGUUGAAAUGUUCACGUCACAAUACUUCUUUCGAGGUGAAUUGUUAGACAUUUAUGAGGUUAUAUCUUAAGUAAAACCAUAAGGGUGUGAGUAGCAUUGGUUAUACUAAACUAAGUGGUGGUUUCGUUGAUUUAUUUGUGUUUUACUAUCAAAACAAUGACAGGAACUCUCUUUGUAUGAUAGAAUCAACUCAAACCAGUUUCAAUACAAUAUGUACGUAUAUUACAAAUGAUAUUUCCAUUUGCCGGCAUUGUUUCAUUUAAUUAUCUAGUACUUUUUAUACACCUAUCUGAUUUCAGUUCAAGGAAAGAGAUUUCGAACGAUCGAAAGCCAACAGACUAUUUUUUAUGCAAUACGGAAGAACGAAUUCGCAAAGUGAUGGUUGAUUCUAAAUUGAAAAGAUUUCGAAUAAAACGUCAGAUUAGACGUAUAUUGGAAUUCAUAAUUACAUUAUGAAAGCAAAGUCUAAAUAAUAAGAACGGGUUCUAACUCAGUUGAAUUUACAAUCUGAUACAAUUCAAUCACUGCAUAAAAGAAUUGUAUUCAUGUACCAAAUAUUAUAGUGGCUCUUCGAGUAAUUCUGCAAACAAAUUUGACACGAAACAUCCAAUCGAAAUUAAAAAAAAACGAAUCAAAUUCAAUAGCGUUGCACUCUUCAUAGAACUGAAUGAAGAUGCUAUACAUUUUAUUUAGUUGCAGUAAAUCCACCUGUUUUAAUUCGAGAUACAUUUGUACUUUAAGCAAGAUUUCAAUUUUUUGUUUGGAAGGUGGAAGGCUGCCCAUUUGAAGUUAAUAUCAACUGCAUUUUUUCGUAUCGGCGGCGGCAUCUUUUGUUUGUUUGCUAGACUUUUUUCGGAAUCGUUUUAUUAUUCCCACACGCUGUAUUGUUUUAUGAUUCUAUAUGUGCGUUCGUAAGCGGUUUAUUUUAUCGACUAUGUCAGACAGAUAUUUAAAAAAAAACUGAAGUAAACCAAUUGUUCACCACCAUGUAAGGUUUGUUUGGGACAAAGUCUGGACAGAUUAAAUUUUGAAUACAACAAAUUUGCUGUGAGCUCAAUGAAAGAUGCAUUUUUAAUUAAUUUAAUUGAGCAUUAUUGGUCAUCCUUAAACUAAUUACAGUUACUUAAUUAGACUGCAUGACACAAGACACAUUUUUUGACGUAGUGACAAGAUGUUGACUUCAAACGGGUGCGUUCGCGACCUUUUGUAGAACGAGUUAAAGUUUUAUUUAAUUAGAAAUUACUAAUUGCUCAAGGUUGUAAAAAUGAAAGCGCCUUUUCUCCCAAGAAUAACAAAUGAUAGUUAGAAAACAUUUAUAUUCAUUACACAAAAAGUAAGUGGCAAGCUCCGGUGGUUUAGAUUGUUGAGUCGUGUUGAAUAAAAUCUUUAAAACAAUAAUUUAUGUAAAUUGCAAAAAAAAACCUGUUUUAAUCCACCUAGUGGUGUAAUGAUGCCUUUCUCAUGUAUAGUAUUGUGGUAUUCUAUUCAAAAAUUUUUUCUUCGAUUUUUGAAAGAAACCAAGAUAUUGUUUGUGCAUUAACUAGUAUAACAUACAGAAUAAAACAGUGCUUUGAUUGCGUAGGUAAUCCUUAAGAAAACGAAGUGGAUUCACUAUUAUAUGCACUUCCGGCACCGGAACCCGAGAACCUGUAUAAUCAAAGUCGGUUCGUACGGCCACCAACUAACAUGACAUACAAACUCUACUAAUACGCACUCUAAAUUACGAUUUAAAUGUUUGUCGCAUCCGAAAAUAUGCAUCAAUUUUUGGUAGGACCAUAAGACCUUUCAAUUGAGCCUAAGAUUGGGAAUAAUGGUUUAGAGUCCAGUUUAUAACACGUUUUACGGAUUUUGUUCCGCCAGUUUAAGUGACGGUGUACAAUAUUGAACACACUUUACCCUAUAACUCCGGAACCGGAAGUCUGAUCCGGAUGAAAUUCAGGAAUUCCGUAUGGGAUCGGAAGACCUUUCAUUUGAAUCUAAGUUUGUGGAAAUCCAUUUUAGUAUAUAUGACCACUAUUUCCGGUACUUCCGGAACCGGAUAGGAUAGCUGGAAUCGGUUUGUUUAGUUGCCUACUGAUCAUGACUAUCGAUUUGUGUUGUUUUGAGACCAGUUUAGAACUUUUUUACGUUUUUUGUUCCGCCGGUUUAAGUGACGGUGUACAAUAUUGAACACACUUUAACCUAUAACUCCGGAACCGGAAGUCGGAUCCGGAUAAAAUUCAGGAAUUCCGUAUGAGACCACGAGACCUUGCAUUUGAAUCUUAGUUUGUCAAAAUCGGUUCAGCCAUCUCCGAGAAAACCUAGUGAGAUUAUUUGACACAUACGCGCGCACACACACACACACACACACACACACACACACACACACACACACACACACACA